CGAACCUUUCUGGCUUUCCAGCAAGUUCAGAGCUGCCGCUGGUUUCUUGCCGCAAUCUUCUGCAGUUGGAUCGUCACUGGGACCGCUCUCGAACUGUGAUCAUCCCCAAUCGCAUUUUGUAGAAUCGACCACCCGGCUUCUUGGCAGGACCAAACAUAGCUACAGGGCAAGACAAUGGACUGUUCUAGGUUACUUUGUAUCUUGGCAAUUUUGGUGCUGGCAAAUGAAGUUUUUUCAAUGACAAAACAGUUGCACCAAGUGAAAGUCCCAACAAUUACAGAUAAAUGUUUGUGUGCACUCAACGGUUCGGUGGGUGUGACGUGCGUUGACAAUCCUAUACUUCUUCAUCAUGUCAGCAAAAUUUGCAGUUCGAGACAAGUUUUCCAUUCUAAAGUAAUUCACCAUUCCUGGAUAUCAACAAUAUUCCUUCCAAAAUGCGAUGACGGGUACAAGAUUGAUAGCUAUCCUUAUCCUGCACAUAGUUAUUUCAAUUGUAAGGUCAUGAGACUGGAUUACCUUCCCUCGGAACUCCCUGGAGACUUUCUAGUCUAUAUUGGGGAAAUAUUAUGCAGCGGUAUUAAAUGUCAACCUUUCUCUGAGUAUUGCCCAAGUAAUUUCAGUAUAACGAAUGGACAAUUCAAUGCGAUUAGCACUGAGAUUAAAGGAACGGCAUCGGUCAAAUGUGAUCCAGGGUAUCGCCCAUCGAAACCUACUCCAAUGAAUUGCCACAAACACAAUGCUACGUACGGUGUGUGGAUGAAUCUAACAAGCUGCAAUGUGAAGCCUGCUUACUGCUCUAGUACAAUCAAUGUAACCAAUGGAGUUGUUCGUGUUUACAACGCUUAUCUUGGCGAAGAGGCAAAUGUUACAUGCAAUCAAGGCUACAGUCCAUCGACUAAUUCAACGAUGAAAUGCAUGGUAAAGGAUGAAUUAGCCGGUGUCUGGACUAAUGUACAAAGCUGCCACCUGAAGCCUGCUUACUGCUCUAGUACAAUCAAUAUAACCAAUGGAGUUGUUCGUGUUAACAAAGCUUAUCUUGGCGAUGAGGCAAAUGUUACAUGCAAUCAAGGUUACAUUCCAUCGACUAAUUCAACGAUGAAAUGCAUGGUAAAGGAUGAACUAGCCGGUGUCUGGACUAAUGUACUAAGCUGCAAACUGAAGCCUGCUUACUGCUCUAGUACAAUCAAUAUAACCAAUGGAGUUGUUCGUGUUAACAAAGCUUAUCUUGGCGAAGAGGCAAAUGUUACAUGCAAUCAAGGUUACAUUCCAUCGACUAAUUCAGCGAUGAAAUGCAUGGUCAAGGAUGAAUUAGCCGGUGUCUGGACUAAUGUACUAAGCUGCAACCGUCGCCCCAAUUACUGCUCGGCGGAAGAGAUCAAAGUAAACAAUGGAUUUUAUUAUACAGCAGAUACGUACAUUGGAGCAGUGUACCAACUUUCAUGUGACCUCGGCUUUCGUAAAUCGAAAAAUUCAGAAACGACAUGCCAGGCACACAAUGAUACACACGGUGUUUUGAGUAACAUACUGACCUGCAACUUUAUCCAUGGCUAUUGUUCAAGUGCGAUCAAUUUAACAAAUGGAGUUGUCCAUGUCUCCAAUACACACGUUGGAGCUGAGGCAAAUGGUACAUGUAAUCAAGGUUACCUCCCAUCGAAUAACUCAACAAUGACAUGCCAGGAACAGAAUGCAACCCAUGGUGUGUGGGAUAAUCUUCUAAGCUGCAACCGUAUCUCUACAUAUUGCUCCACUGUGACCAGCAUAAUCAAAGGAGUUGUGCAUGCGAACUAUACACACAUCGGAGCGGAGGCGAAUGUUACAUGUAAUCACAGCUACCGUCUAUCGAAUAAUUCCAAAGUGACAUGCCAGGCAUACAAUGAUACACAUGGUGUGUGGAAGAAUCUAAGCUGCAACUUUUAUUCGCAUUGCCCAAACUAUAUCAAUGUGCCAAAUGGAAUUGUUCUUGUGUUCAAUAAUGACACUGGAGGAGAAGCAAAUGUUACAUGUAAAACAGGAUAUCGCCCAUCAAAUAAUUCGCCAAUGAAAUGCCAGGAACACAAUGCUACACACAAUGUGUGGACCAAUCUACAAAGCUGCCUUCUGUAUUCGCGUUGCCCAAAUAAUGUCAAUGUACCGAAUGGGAUUGUUAAUGUGUUCAAUAAUGACACUGGAGGAGAGGCAGAUGUAACCUGUAAUACAGGAUAUCGCCCAUCAAAUAAUGCUACACUGAAAUGCCAGAAACACAAUGCUACACACAAUGCAUGGAUUAUUCCACUAACCUGCAAAUCUCAACCUAUCUCUUGCCCGAAAAUAAUACCAAUAAGCAAUGGAAGCUACCUGAUUUUCGGAGAAACAUACGCUGGAUCUGUGGCAACCAUUGCAUGCAACCAAGGUUAUCGUCCACCUAAUAAUUCCACAACCACAUGCCAGCCACGCAAUGAGACACACGGUGUGUGGAAUAAUGUACUUAACUGCAAUUUGUAUUCGCGUUGCCCAAAUAAUGUCAAUGUACCGAAUGGGAUUGUUAAUGUGUUCAAUAAUGACACUGGAGGAGAGGCAGAUGUAACCUGUAAUACAGGAUAUCGCCCAUCAAAUAAUGCUACACUGAAAUGCCAGAAACACAAUGCUACACACAAUGCAUGGACCAAUCUACUCAGCUGCGACCCUAUCCCAACAGCAGCUCCAUCGACUAGCUACCCAACAACCACUGCUCCAACAUUGAGCCGCAUGACUGCUCAACGCACCACUCCAACAGUGAGCCACGUGACUGCUCCACCCAGCACUCCUCCAACAGGCACAACUCCAACAGUGAGCCGCGUGACUGCUCCGCGGAGCACUGCUUCAAGAGGCACAACCUCAACAGUGAGCCUCGUGACUGCUCCACGAAGCACUGCUUCAACAGGCACAACUCCAACAGUGAACCGCGUGACUGCUCCACGGAGCACUGCUCCAACAGGCACAACUUCAAUAGUGAGCCGUGUGACUGCUCCACGGAGCAGUGUUCCAACAACAAGCACUAAUUCAAGAGGCACAACCUCAACAGUGAGCCUCGUGACUGCUCCACGAAGCACUGCUUCAACAGGCACAACUCCAGCAGUGAGCCGUGUGACUGCUCCACGGAGUACUGCUCCAACAGGCACUGGUAACAUAGUUGCUGCUCACACGGCGCAUGCUCCAGCAACUACAGUCGCAGCAAGUGCCUCCAAGGCAGUCUCCAGGAAUACAAUUUCACUUGCCUCCAGCCCAGUGAACAGUUUGGCAAGCACUGCAACAACAAGGCCUCCAAUACCUGACAGUAAUGAAUCCAUGAAAGCCUCACCGAAUUCCACACAGGUACUGUCUGCCAUGACUACUGCAGAAAUGUCAACCAGCUCAACCAUCACAGAACACCACAGCAAUUAUAAAAUGGACACUCCAGCACCUGAGAGUUCAACUUCAGCUGCACCUACAACAGACGUGGAAGUCAAAGGAGCUUCCAAUACUGGUGCUAUCGUUGGGGGAAUUUUCGGAGGCUUAGUAGGUAUUUUGGUAGUCGCCUCACUUUUUCUAUUCAAACAUUCAAGCAGGAACCAGAUUUUCAGUGUGAACCAAAAAUAUCCUGAGGUAGUGGUGCAGCAGUCAAAUUGUACCAUUAUGGAGGAUUUCAGUGGAAGUGACAAUAUUGAUAAACGCGGGAGCACUGCAGCAUUGCUUACCGAUAUUGAUCCAUCCAAGGUGGCUACCAUGGAAACAGGCUGUGAGAGCACGACCAAAGAGGUCUAGUAUGGCCACACGUCACUGUGGCUGUGGAAAAGGACAUUGAUUAGCUGUACACUGGUUGUACACUGGUACACUGCCAAAACUCUCCCCGAGCUGAAGAUAGUCACUAUGACCCAGUAUGAUGUGAGCACACCACAAUGCCAGUGUUUGAGAAGGAAGUAACAGUUGAUUGAUACAAUUAUCAUGAUGGUGUCUACAACUGGAAGCAUCAACAUCAUUGCUAUCUCUGCAGCUCGCACAGCCUGAUGAAAAUCAAUAGGGUAGUUCUUGGUGGUUUCCAAUCAUUAUCUGCUAAGUCAAUAUUUCAAUGUUUCUUUCUAGAUGUUUCAGUGUUUUCUUUUUCAUGCAUUCAUUUGAAGGUUUGGAUGUCUCUUUCUCCUCUCAAUUUAUCAGUGCCUGCAUGUGCGAUCUAUCCUGAGACUUCUGGUCGGAUGGUUUUCUGUGGCAACUCCAUGCGCCUUAUCUGUUUAGCAAUGCUCUCAUCCCAUCAGCUCUAUUCAGUAUGGCUCAUACUGCAGCUGGACUGCAU